CUCGCGUCGUAUCCAUCAUGCAAAAUGCCAUGAUAUCCACCGUAAACAGCAGCGACUUUGCACCUUCGUUGCCAGAGCUAGGACAGGCGCUGGAGAAAAUGAAGAGAGACAGGGAGAACAAACAGGAUGUGGUGGCGAAACGGGGAGAGGAAGUCUUUCUUUCGACCGUUGAACGCAUGUUUUUCUUUGGCGGGAUGAGCGAGGUGUUGGGGUGGUCCCAGUCACAAAUUGAUGAUAUGCUGGCUGCACUGACGAGCUCGACGGUCCUCAAGGUCGUCUUACCAAAGACCUUUGCACUAAACGGGAUGGACCGUGCAGUAAAAAGCGUCAACGCCGACGUAGAAGUGGUGUUCAAAAUGCUGGUCACAGCGAUGAAUUAUUCAGAUUGCAAUCGGGUGGUGGCUGCGAUAUUUACUCCCUUGUUCCUCGUUGGCGUUUCUGCGUAUCAGAAGCAGGUGCAAUGAAUCCUCUCAUACCAAUUCCUGUAGUCACAUUCUCUCCUCUCCGACAGCUAAUGACAUCGUGUUAUCAGUAUCAGAACUGUAAAUACGGCACCUUACAUUGAACAGCAACCGAAUAUCCAAUAGUUCUUCAUGAAACGGACUUCGGGUGUUUUGACAA